AUGGCCGCGCGACGACUCAUUCCCCUGCUGGACCGCGUCCUGAUUGAGCGCAUCAUCGCGCCCACCAAGAGCGCGGGUGGCGUGCUGCUGCCAGAGUCUGCGGUGACGAAGGUGAACGAGGGGGUGGUGCUGGCCGUCGGCCCGGGGCGCCGCACCAAGGAUGGGGACCUGCUGCCCCCCAGUGUGAAGGAGGGCGACAAGGUGCUGCUGCCAGAGUACGGCGGCAGCCUGGUCAAGCUCAACGACAAGGAGCUGUUCUUGUACCGCGACGACGAGCUGCUUGGCAUCCUGGCCGACUAA